AUGGAUUGCACUCUUGAUCAGAAGGUUUGGUAUGAGACUCAUAUGUUAGCUGUCGAGGCGAAUGAUUGGUGGCUAGAGACCUGUAGGAGGUUGGAGGCUAAUGGUGAGGAGAUAUCUUGGAUUGUGUUCUGCAUGGAGUUCUUAAGAAAGUACUUUCCCGAGGAUGUCCGUGGCAAGAAGGAGAUUGAAUUUAUUGAGCUUAAGCAAGGAAACAAGUCUGUUGUGGAGUAUGCUGCUAAACAGAAGUCUGUUGCCCUCUCUCUGAAAAAAUAUGCGGGCAAAUUUUGGGGUAUAACAGUUGGCCACAAGAGCACGGCGUGUAAUAUUGAUGCUAAGAGAUGCUACCGUUGUGGGAAGUUUGGUCAUGCAUUGUCUGAGUGCACGCAUAAGGAGAUGGUUUGUUUCAACUGUGCUGAAGAAGGCCACAUUGGAAGAAAGUGUCAGAAGGCCAAGAAGGAGCAAUCUAGUGGAAAGGUAGAGAUGGUCGUCGAUACUCCGGCUAAGGGAUCGGUGACUACUUCUCUUGUGUGUUUAAAGUUUCUCGUGUCGAUUUUUGACAGAGACUUUCUUGUUGAUUUUGUUUGCUUUCCGUUGAGAGGAUUGGAUGUGAUCUUGGGGAUGAACUGGUUAGAGCGUAACCGUGUUCACAUCGAUUGCUAUGACAAGUCUGUGAGGUUUUCUUCUCCUGAAGAGGAAGGUGUUGAGUUGUUUUCUGUUAGACAGUUGCGUUUGUUGGUGAAAAAGGAUGUUCAAGUGUUUUCUUUGGUUGCGUCAAUGUCUGUUGAGAACCAAGCGAUCAUAGAAGAGUUGAAGGUGGUGUGCGAAUUUCCUGAAGUUUUCCCUGACGUAAUUCCUGAUGUGCCGCCUGAGAGAGAAGUUGAUUUCUCUAUUGAUCUCGUACCUGGUAUUAGACCCAUGUCUUUGGCACCGUACAGGAUGUCCACAUCAGAGUUGUUUGAAUUGAAGAAGCAAUUGGAAGAGUUGCUUGAGAGGAGGUUGAUAGCUGGUAUGCUGUCGAUCCUCAUGGUAAUUGCUCAAUGA